AUGAAGCUGGAGAUCUUCGCCUCUUACGAGGACAAGCUCAGUAGUGAUCAGGAAAGCAGCAGUGUGUCAUCGCUGCUGCCUGGCGACAGUGCGCUGGGCUUCAACAGCGAUUGCGCCGCCCUCAGUCUGGCCAGUGGCAUCGGGGCCUCUCCGCAGCAAGGCUCGGAGCAUUCGCCCAGCAACACAAAAACAGCACUGGGGAAGCCUUGCAUGCGUCGCCCGAAGCCUCCCUACUUGUACAUCGUGCUGAUCACCAUGGCAAUCCGGGACUCCGCCGGGGGGCACCCGACUGGCUGA